UAUCACCAUCUACUUACUUCCCUGAAGUGUCAAAAGUAGAAACGAUGUCAAACUAGAACUCUGUCCCCGACCCUAGAUCUGCGUGUGGGGUCUAUAUGACUCAGUCAGUGAUCUAUAGUUUUAAAUUCACUACAUGAAGCUCUGUGUUUGUGGUGGGUGAAUUGUUGGAUGAAUACCAUGGCCAUGCUCAGCCAAAUUCUGCGAUGGAUGAAAAAACCAAAGGUUUCACUUAUUCCCUCCUCCAGCUUCGAGACUAUCCGUGUGACACAGCAGAGGAGAAUCUUCAGCUCCAGGAACAAAAUCAAUUCGUAAUCAUUCAACUUGAUGACACAGAGAGUGAUGAUAUCAUCAAGUCACAACAAGAUAAUUCUGAUGUUGAUAGUACUCUAGCUACCUCACCAGAAGAUGAGGAUCUUAGGCUUCGAGACCAUCUACUCACUCAAAGCGAUUCACAUCCACAAGAUGCUGAUCUUAUCAUCAAACAACAACUCAUGAAUUGUAUGAAGGAGCUUGAGAAGGAGAAUGAGAGGCUUGUUCCCAUGGUUUGUAGUCACGUGGAAAAAUACCUUAAAGCCGCGUUUGACUCCAGAGAAGUACCGGACCCUGACUUCAACUUGGUGAUGGAUGCACUUCCAUCGGGAAUUAUGAGGCGCCUUAAGGAAAACGUGAAGCUGAUGGUGGAUGCAGGUUUCAUGGACGAAUGCAUCGACAUUUACAGCAAAUCGCGAAAAGAGUUUGUAGAACAGUGUCUACGGCCACUUGGGUUGCAAUUUGAAAAGCCCAACAAUGAGGACGUUGAAAAGUGGUCAAAGACGUGGAAGGCUGUUGGGAAGAUACUGUUUCCCAAUGAAAGGGGACUCUGCAGUUACAUCUUUUCAGGGAUACAUGACGCUGCGGGUGUCUCCGCCGUCGAGAAAGUUUGCAAGAAACUUACGACUGGUCUACUGAGUUUUGCCGAUACCACCAUAACAGCCGACAACUAUUUGCCGAAUCUUUUGUCCUACAUGGUCCCUAAAAUGUCGGAGACAUUGGGCGAGGUGGUACGAGAGGUCAUCUCACCGACUUCGGAUCACGAGUUGUCUAUUGUUGAUGAUAUUCAAGAUGUUCGGCAAAGUUUGGGUAUGCUAAAGCAGUCGAGGGAUAGUAUUUACCCUAAUAAUGAUAUUCAAGACGUUCGGCAAAAAUUGGCUAUGCUAAACAAGAUUGGGGGGAAUCUUAUUUACCCUAAUAAGAAGAAGGCAGGUCUCGUAGAUGGAGGGUUUCAUUUAAUGACUAAUUUGCUGAAGAAGAAGAUACGGAAAUUGUAGGAUUUAUUUUUGGAUAUUUAAUAAUUAUUAUUGAAUUGUAUUUGAAUAUUAAAAAAAAAAGACCAAAUCAAUAAAAUAAAGUUAUUAGUAAAAUAAAUAUUAAUUAUUGAAAAAUGGUUGUACGAGGCCUACCAAAGGAAGGGAUCUUCAUGGGUGCUUUUGUCAAGUGAAUAGUAGCAAGGAGCAUGAAAUAUUGGCCCAAGGAGACCUGAAUACCAUCGCAGGAGGGUUUGUUGGUAUGCCUAGAAGGUAUUGGCUCUAUCGUCAAAGCCCAGGACCAGAUCGCCCACUGUCUGUUUAUUCAACGACGAUCUUGUCGACGUAUGCAUGCAUGAUAAUGACCGCAUCGUCGUCUCAUUCAUCAUGUGUAGUAGGUGGGUUCACCGAAUUCUAGUCGAUCAGGAAGUUCGGUGAAUGUAAUGAUCUGGGACGUAUUUGUGGACCUGAACAUCCCUCUGGACAAACUAAAACCUUUUGAGGGAGUCUUUGUAAGAUUCUCAGGUGUUAACAUGUAUAAGUCAUGGGAUACAUCGAACUCAUGACAACCUUUGGGGAAGAAGAUACAACACAAAUGUUGUUGAUAAAAUAGGGCCUUUCAUCUUACAAUUUUUUGUUGGGGUGACCGACUCUUAAA